AUGGCAGAAACAACAGCUGCACCAACCGAUGAAAUACCAACGGCUGCAUCAACCGAGGAAAAAACAACAGCUGCACUAACCGAGGAAGAAACAACACCUGCACCAACUGAAGAACUAACAACACCCGCACCUUCUCAAAAAGUAACAACGGCCGUAUCAACUGAGGAAAUAACAAAAACCGCAACAACCGAGAAACUAACAACAGCUGCACCAACUGAAAAACAAACAACAUUAGAACCAACUGAAGACCAAACGACGGCUUCACCAACUGAAAAAGAAACAACGGCGGCACUAACACAAGAAAUGACAACAGCUGCACCAAGUGAGGAGGAAACAACAGCCGCACCAACUGAAGACCAAACAACAGCUUCACCAACUGAAAAAGAAACAACGGCGGAACCAACUGAAGAAGGUACAACGGCGGUACCGACUGGGGAGGAAACAACAGUUGCACCAACUGAGGAACAAACAACGCUAGCACCAACUGAAGAAGGUACAACGGCGGGACCAACAAAAGAAGGUACAACGGCUACACCAACUAAGGAGGAAAUAAAAGCUGUACCAACUAAAGAACAAACAACGGCUUCACCAUCUGCAAAAGAAACAACAGCAGCACCAACUGAGGAACAAACAACACUUGCACCAACAGAAAAAGAAACAACAACAACACCAACUAGGGAACAAACAACAGCUGUACCAACUGAGGGAGAAACAACAGUUGCACCGACUGAAAGACAAACAACGGCGGCAGCAACUGAAGAUAUAACAACAGUUGCCCCAACUGAGAAACAAACAACAGCUACACCAACUGAAGACCAAACAACAGUCUCACCAACUGAAAAAGAAACAACAGUGGCACUAACUGAAAAAGAAACGGUGGAACCAACUGAAGAAAUGACAACAGUUGCACCAACUGAGGAAGAAACAACAGUUGCGCCAACUGAAAAACAAACAACGGCGACACCAACUAAAGAAAUAACAACAGUCGCACCAACUGAGGAAGAAACAACAGCUUCAACAACUGAAAAAGAAACAACGGCGGAACCAACUGAAGAAAUUACAACAGUUGCACCAAGUGAGGAACAAACAACGCCUGCACCAACUGAAGAAGGAACAACGGCGGCAUCAACUGAGGAAGAAACAACAGCUGCACCAACUGAAGACCAAACUACUGCUUCACCAACUGAAAGAGAAACAACGGCGGCACCAACUAAGGAACAAACAACACUUGCACCAACUGACGAAAAAACAACUGCAGCACCAACUAAGGAAGAAACAACAGUUUCACCGACUGAAAAACAAACAACGGCGGCAACAAUUGAGGAAGUAACAACAGCUGCAACAACUGAAGACCAAACAACAGCUUCACCAACUGAUAAAGAAUCAACAGCGGCACCAACUGAGGAAGAAACAACAGUCUCACCAACUGAAAAACAAACAACAAAGGCAGAAACAGAAGAAAAAACAACCGUUGCACCAACUGAGGAAGAAACAACAGCUGUGCCAACCGAGGACCAAACAACAGCUUUACCAACUGAGCAAACGACAGCUGCACCAAAUAAGGAAGAUACAUCGGCUGCACCAACAGAGGAGGAAACCACGGCUGCACCAACUGAGAAGGAAACACCAAUUGCACCAACUGAGAAGCAAACGACAGCUGCACCAGCUGAGGAAGAUACAACGGCCGCACCAAUUGAGGAGGAAACAACAGUUUCACCGACUGAAAAACAAACAACGGCGGCAGCAAUUGAGGAAGUAACAACAGCUGCAACAACUGAAGACCAAACAACAGCUUCACCAACUGAUAAAGAAUCAACAGCGGCACCAACUGAGGAAGAAACAACAGUCUCACCAACUGAAAAACAAACAACAAAGUCAGAAACAGAAGAAAAAACAACCGUUGCUCCAACUGAGGAAGAAACAACAGCUGCACCAACCGAGGACCAAACAACAGCUUUACCAACUGAGCAAACGACAGCUGCACCAACUAAGGAAGAUACAUCAGCUGCACCAACAGAGGAGGAAACCACGGCUGCACCAACUGAGAAGGAAACACCAAUUGCACCAACUGAGGAGCAAACGACAGCUGCACCAACUGAGGAAGAUACAACGGCCGCACCAAUUGAGGAGGAAACAACAGUUGCACCAAGUGAAGUACAAACAACAGCUGCACCAACAGAGGAGGAAACAACGGCUGCACCUACUGAAGACCAAACAACAGCUUCACCGGCUGAAAAAGAAACAACGACGGCACCAACUAAGGAAGAAACAACAGCUGCACCGACUAAGGAAGAAACCACGGCUGCAGCAACUGAGGAAGAAACGACAGCUACACCGACUGAGGAAGAUACAACGGCUGCACCAACUGAGGAGGAAACAACAGUUGCACCAAGUGAGGAACAAACAACAGCUGCACCAACAGAAGAGGAAACAACGGCUGCACCAACUGAAGACCAAACAACAGCUUCACCGGCUGAAAAAGAAACAACAACGGCACCAACUAAAGAGGAAACAACAGCUUCACCGACUGAGGAAGAUACAACGGCUGCACCAACUGAGGAGGAAACAACAGUUGCACCAAGUGAGGAACAGACAACAGCUGCACCAACAGAGGAGGAAACAACGGCUGCACCAACUGAAGACCAAACAACAGCUUCACCGACUGAAAAAGAAACAACGACGGCACCAACUAAGGAGGAAACAACAGCUGCACCGACUAAGGAAGAAACCACGGCUGCAGCAACUGAGGAAGAAACGACGGCUGCACCAACUGAGGAACAAACAACACCUGUAGUAACAGAGGAAGAAACAACGGCUGCACCAACUGAAGACCAAACAACAGCCUCACCAACUAAAAAAGAAACAACGACGGCACCAACUAAGGAGGAAACAACAGCUGCACCAACUAAGGAACAAACCACGGCUGCAGCAACUGAGGAAGAAACGACAGCUACACCAACUGCGGAAGAAACAACGGCUGCACCAACUAAGGAAGAAACAAUAGCUACACCAACUGAGGAAAAAACAACAGCUUCACCAACCACUGUCAGUACCACAAAAAGUGUUACUUCGCCAAAGCCAACUGUGGAUAUCACAGACAGUCAUGGAGCUGAGAAUGGAAAUGGUAUUGAGAAUGGUAAUGGCACAGCUGUAAUCGGCAGAGGUGAACAGGGUGGUAAGUAUUAUAUUUGUGUAUAAUUAGAUUAGCAAGGGUAAGACUUGAUAAUCUCUUAGAGGGGUUAAGAAAGGUAUAUGAUAUACCUCAAUGUUAUAAGCAAUGGUGGCCAAAGGUCAUGUCCUAUCAUAUCAUGCUUAAAUCUCCACGCAAAAACUUCUAAAGAAUGAAAACCUACUUCGUAAUCCCCAAAUGUAUUUAUCAUUUUUGAAGGCAACAAAACAGAUAACGGAACAGAGCAAUGUAAGGGGAUUAUGUGCGAGGAUGGAAAGAUGUGCCGCAUUGUCGAAAAUAAAUCACCCGAAUGUUACUGUCCAACUGAAUGCAAUGACGAUCCCGAUCCCCACUGCUCUGUGUUUCUGGAAGAUUAUCACAACCUGUGCGAGGUUCAUCGCCACGCCUGUAGGAUGCAGAUCAACGUUGCUGUGAGGCACCGUGGACGAUGUGAAGGUAUUCGAUUAAUCCAACAUUAAUAGUAUAAUUCUACUUUCCGAUUGAGUAAUUUUGACUGAAUUCGUUCUGUGAUUGGUCAAGAAAGCAGGUGCUAACGGUUAACCGAUAUUCACAUGGUGGUUCACUUUUUCUCGCACUUCACGCACUUUUUUGUUUAAAGGAGAUAAUCAUUAGCUUCGUGUUUUAUCUCUUCUUUAGUAUGGUUGUUAUCAUGUCAAUUUUAAUUUUGGCGAUCCAACUCUCAAUCGAGAUUUGCACAAAAAUACAAGCAGCGUUUAUCCUAUUUUCUGUACCGGACGUGAAGCACACGGCUCGGGACAAAUUAAGGAAUCAACAACCGCUAAACCAAAAUAGAGAAGUCUCGUUGACCUUACUGUUAGGCGCAAUGCUGUUAACAUUAUUUGUCACUCUUUGCAUAGACUUUGACUAGACGUACCAAUCAAAAUGACCCUCGGUAUAUAGGAUUGGAAAAGCCUUCCAAAGAGGAAUACGUUUUACCUGUAAUCAACUACAGUUGUACAAACCUGGUACAUAUUUUAUUUUUACCAUUUUUAGCGUAUGCAAAGGGUCAGCAGAUCUCAAAACUGGUCGACGAGUCCUUCGUUCCAAUCAAUGAAUGUACCGAGGAAGAACUUCUACAGUUUGCAGAACGCUUCCUAGAAUGGGCAAUGAUAAAUAAAGAAAUUUAUGACAGUGAUGAUCCAGCAUCCCUUGAUCUUGAAGGUCUUGUCAACCAGGCAAGGCUGCUUGGAUUUACAUCGUUAGAGAAAACAGAAAUAUUGACGGUAAGAAUAGAAUCGAGUUCAGAUGAAUGUAAAUUGUUCGCGCUCUAUGUAUUUUGACCAUUGUGUUACGCAUUGGCGGGUUAGGCUUUAGACUCAGUUGAAACCUACCCUGUAUAUGCCUUUGGUAGUCUCAGUGUUGAAGUAAUUUAUGUCAUUUAUGCAACGCUUUAAUUUUUUCUGAACCAUUCUUCGAUUAUCAGAAUGUUAAUCAUGUGUGCACCUCCCCUAGUUCCAAUUUGAAGACAUCGAUUCAAACGGAGAUGGCUUUCUAGAUAAAGGUGAAGUUGAUGCUAUGAUGGCGCAUAUUCCUCACGAAGAAUGCCUGUUUGGGUUCAUGAUUUCGUCUGACUUGGACGGGGAUCACAAGCUUAACAAAAGGAAUGGUUUGACUCCUUCAAGUAUGUUGGUAAGUAUUUUUGUAAAUCAAGGAUCACACAGCUAAACCCGUAACCUCUUUAGUGGACAGUCCCCUAAAACUUAACUAGACAACUAGUCAGUUGCACGCAAAUUAACAACUGAUUCAUACGUCAGUGUGCGUAUAUCAUUGCGUGAAGUUUGUACCAAGUUUGGAGAUGUCAAAAGCGCAUAACACACAGCUGAUGUUGAACGACUUUUUUAUAAGGUUAGGGUAAUAUUGUUAAAGAAUAAAUUCGUUGCGUUCGCUCAAAAUUUAGCGAGUACAACGAGAGUAUAAAGUACGCUCGCGCAUUUGAUUCUGGGCUCACAAAUUUUUCAACUCUGUUAUAGAGAGGUAGUUUGGGGGGGACAACGCACUUGACCAAUUCAAAACUGUACGGUUCAUAAGACUCAAAUUUUUUUUAAAUUUAAAGAACCGUUUUUCUUUUUUUCAGAAAAUGCAGUAGAAGAAGACGAAGAAAUAGACAGCUAACUUAUUAUAAUUAAUAACAAUAAUAAUAAUAACUAAUUGAUAACACAACCAACUAUCGCUCAGCGCUUUACAAUGCUUUAGUUCGUUGCAACAUGAACGUUACCACGGCAGGCGAGGAAAAGUUCGAAAUGUUAGCGAGUAAUGACGAAAGUCACGUCUGUAUAUUUCUCUCGAUGAAAGUGUUUAGAGUAACAGAUUUGGUUAAAAUGGAGCUUUCUAUAAGUGUUCAGCUCGGUGAAAUGUCAAAGCAACUCUUCCUCUGCCGUUAUGUUUGGAUUGUGAGUAGAUAUCUAAAGUUCAAAACGAUAACUGUUUCAUUCAAUUUCUAAUAUCCCUAAGUUACGUUAUAUUUUUAAACUAAGCACAGUGACUAUGACUUCAUAGUACUUCAUAAUAUAAAUAGAAAAUUUGCGAUGCUUUUUCUAAUGGCUUUUUAGGAUUAUGCUGUAAUCAUUUUUGGACUGAUGAGUCAGGAUACAAGCAUAUGUCAAAUAAUUCCAAUGGCCAGUGAAUCUAUUUUAAAUUUCUAGUUGAUGUUUUGUCCCUCAUCACUCAAUCAGGAAGUGCUGGCCUGACAUGCAAUGCUACUCCACUCCCCCCCCCCCCUCCCUCCCUCAGCCUUCAAAACACUGUCAGGCCAGUUGGUUCUCUUUGAGAGCUUUUGUGUAUUAAAAAUGAAGCUGUGAUUAUUUUAUGGUGCAGAAGCCUUAGAAAUGAGGUGUGCUCAUAUCUUCACAGUAUCUGCACCUUAAGGAAGAAGCACCAAGCUCUUAGUUGGUUGCCACAAAGAAAUAUGCAAAAAAGUUCUUGAGAUUAAAUACUUUAAAUUACAAGGAUAGAUUUGAGAAUGAUUCCAUUUCAGUGAAUUCAAGUCUUCUGGACAAAUAUUAAUUAUUAAGUAGGAGCUGUCGCAAUUUAAGGAAGCAUGGGAGAUAUAAUAUUUAUAUCUCAUGUGCAUGAUAUUAUUUUUUCUCUUUUGUGAAAGAGGUCUAGUGAUGACAGUCUCAUAAUACACAUUCUGCUGUUUUGGCAGUAUGCCUGGACCUCAAAAUCCAGGAUAUUAAAAUGUUGUUACUGGAUGUGGAUUUUGAAUAGCCAUUGUUUAUUUCAUACAGUUUUAAAAAUGAGUAUACAUCAGAUAAUGUUACUGAAUAGGGAAUACUACCCUCAAACACAAUAGACCUGAUUCAAUAUUUUCUCUCCUAGUAAUGUAGCAAAGAAAAUUUGGUGUUUUCCUAGAUAGAUAAAACCCUCUAGCUGAUGUGCUUGUUUUAUUGCAAAUCAGUUUGUGGGAUAAAAGAUAUUUUUAUAAGGAGAAGUAAGAUUUGUCAAUCAAGUAUGGGACUUGAAGAGGUGGGGAGCUUUAAGGCAAUGGAGUUAAAGCCCUUGUGUCCCCCCUGAACACUUUAUAGGGAUUUCAAAGCUGAAUCAGGAGGAUAGUAGGUGGCAAUAUUCCAGAAGCAACCAGUAUCUUUGAUGGUAGUUCUUUUGGAAGCUUGUUCUAAAAUAAAGUGUCUAGCUUAAAUUAAAAAAACACCAGGGGUGCCUGCAUUCAAAACCAAAUUUUGUGGUUUAAUAUUAAUAUGCCUUUGACACCUGGUUUCAUAGCUGCUUUCCUUUUGUUCUGUUAAACUCAUUAAACCAUGCUGUAGCCAUUGAGUUGAUAUGACCAUGUGAUUUUUAGAGGAAUAUAUUAGGAAAAUUUUCUAUAUCAAUAGAGGAAAGCUACUUGAAUAUACUAUAUUUCAAAGGCACUCCUAGUGCAAAAAAUGUAGUACCAGUAGUAAUUUUCAGGACCAGUUAUUGACUCAAAAUUUAGCCUCCUAACCCUGAUUGGAUGGCAGGAAAAUAGUGAAAACAAAUUUAGUUUUGCCUUGCAAAUAUCUUUGUGCUAUUUAAGAACCACCUUAAGCAGA